AGUCAGCAGCAGUGAACACUAGUAUAAAUCAAACGGAUCAAGGCUCGAACAUGGAUCCAAGGCCCAGGAUGCUGAGACCUCAUCUCAUUUUAAUACUCGCAGUCAUUGUUCUUGAUGGUACCAUGUUGGCUGACAGCUUAAAUAUAAGACUUGUCAAUACGUACGGGGUCUGUUCUGGUAGAGUGGAAAUCUAUCAUAACGGCCAGUGGGGAACAGUAUGUGAUGAUGACUGGGACAUGAAUGAUGCAGCAGUGGUGUGCAGAGAGAUGGGAUGUGGCACAGCGGUCAGCGCCCCUCACGGUGCCCACUUUGGUCAGGGAAGUGACCCAAUACUUCUGGAUGAUGUUGGUUGUUCUGGAAGUGAAAGCUCUAUCACAGCAUGCAGUCAUAAAGGAUUUGGCAAACACGACUGUAGUCAUGGUGAAGACGCUGGUGUGACUUGCUCAGAUAAUAAAUCAGGUCCUGAUGAGAUCAGGUUGGUGAAUGGUGAGAGUCGCUGUUGUGGCAGAGUGGAAAUCCAGCACAACGGCCAGUGGGGAACAGUAUGUGAUGAUGACUGGGACAUCAAUGAUGCAGAGGUGGUGUGCAGACAGAUGGGAUGUGGCAAAGCAGUCAGCGCACCACACAGUGCCCAUUUUGGUCAGGGAAGUGAACCAACAUGGCUGGAUGAUGUUGGAUGUAGUGGCACUGAGAGCUACUUAACUCAAUGUUCACAUGGUGGAUUUGGAAAGGAGAACUGUGGACAUGAAGAAGAUGCUGCAGUUGUUUGCUCAAAUGUCCUACAGAGUCCCUCACUCACCCUGACCUCUUCUCACUCUACUGUAUCUGCUGGAGAGGCUGUUCAGUUCAGAUGUGUCUCGCCGAGCCCAACCUGCAUCUCUGCAGACUUUCGUUUGUAUAGAAAUGGGCAAUCGAUAGAAUCCCAAACAGCUGAAUCUUCAACAACAUUUGUUUUGACUGUGGAUUCCUCACAUCAGGGUCAGUACAGCUGUGACUAUUCAUUCCAGGGAAGUAGCUCCAUCACAUCCUCCAGGAGCAGCUCCACAGAUCUCACAGUGGUAACUCUACCUGCACCAAGCAUCUCUCUCAGUCCCACCAAAGAAGUCACAUGGGGAGAGAAGGUUGACAUCACCUGCUCUGUAGAAACCCAGUUCACAGGUGGAUCCUUCACUCUGAUAAAGAAUUCUGGGUCAUUUAGACAGACCAAGAGUGGAACCUCCAUCACCUUCAGUUUAUCAAAAGUGGACUUUGUUCAUGAGGGGUCUUACUGCUGCCAGUACCAGACCACAGUGUCCAGUCGUGAUUUCAGUUCUCCACACAGCAGCUCUGUUCAGUUUUCUGUCGUGGUUACUCUACCCACUCCACGCAUCUCCCUCAGUCCCAUCAAAGAGGUCACAUGGGGAGAGAAGGUCGACAUCACCUGCUCUGUAGAAACCCAGUUCACAGGUGGAUCCUUCACUCUGAUACAGAACUCUGGGUCAUUUAGAGAGACCAAGAGUGGAACCUCUGUCACCUUCAGUUUACCAAAAGUGGACUUUGUUCAUGAGGGGUCUUACUACUGCCAGUACCAGACCAGAGUGUCCAGUCGUGAUUUCAGUUCUCCACACAGCAGUUCAGUUCGUUUCUCUGUUGUGGUGAACUUGCUGCAGCCCAAUAUCUCCUUCAGUGCUCCUGAUGGAAGGUCCCAUUGGUGGCUUCAAGGGUCAGAGGCGACCAGGGGCUACAGCUUCUCCAUCAUCUGCUCCACCAAACCACAGUAUCCAGGAGGCUCCUUCCACUUGGAGUUCAGUGGAUCCAGUAUCACCAGAACUCAGUCAGCUGUUAACCACUCAACCACCUUCUUCUAUCCUGAGGCAGAUUUUGUCCACCAGGGAAACUUCAGCUGUGUUUAUGAAGUCACUGUGUCUUCACGCACCUUUAGCUCUCCUACCACUGAACUCUUGGUUGUCUCUGUGAAAGUGUCACCAGUUCCCUUCAUCGCUUCUGGAGUGACAGCAGGACUGUUACUCAUGUUAGUGCCAAUCAUAAUUUUCUUCAUGAAGAGAAACAAAAACCAAAAAGAUCAUCAGAUGGCCGUGAAGACGGAUCAUAGACUUCGUGCCAGAAACACAUAUGGGGUUACCGGAGGAAACAAUGAGUUGGAUGAUGAAGAUUAUGAAAAUGCAGAAACUGUUUUUCACCAAAAAGAAGAUUCAGAUGAUUCUGAUGAGGACUAUGUUAACAUAGAUGUUGAUGUCAAAACUAAGGCAGUGGCCAGUUAUGGAGGUGCCAAAACCACAUGUGAGAUCACCAAUAGAGGGAACGAGACAGACGAUGAUGAUGAUGACGAUGACUGCGAUGAUUAUGAAAAUACAGAAGUCACUGUCCAGAAAAUGGAUCAGAGAUCAGACCAGAGAGAGGAUUCAGACGUGUCUGACGAGGACUACAUCAACAUAGAUGAAGAAGCAGAGAAACUGGCCGUGGACAAUGACUAUGAGGAUGAACAAAUUUAUGCAAACACGGAUUAGUGUGGUAAACUAAACAAUUUCACAUGUCACUGUAAUUCAAACGCACUUUAACUGCAUCAGGAUAAAAAUCAAUGGAAAGUCAAUGGUCAGUCAUUUUUUACAGUUCUGUAUAAAGAUGAGGAGGGGAGACCAGGGCUGCCUCAGUCUGUAAAAUUCAGUGCUUGUUUGCACAAUACUUUUCAAACAUUCAUACAACACGCCCUUAUUUGUCUGUAGCAAAUAGCAGUGAUAUACGAACACGCUUGCCAUUGUUUGGGCCACUGAGCAAUGCAUUUAACCCCUCCUCCUCCAGGGGCCUUGUAUCAUUGCCGAGCCUGCAAUAAAAAUACUUGCUACUACUGCUUGUUAUCUGUUCUGCAGCUACUCAGAGAAUGGAUCUCAACUUGUCAGUCUGAUUUUAAAAUGCUGGAUCUGAUUAAUAAUGUUACAGCAGUUUUACACACAAUGUAAAAGGUUGUGUUAAUAUGUAUAUGUUCAUUUUCAAACCCUGAUAAGUGUUUUUGUCCAUUAAAAUGAAUUCAGUGCUCGAAUUUGCAACCAGGGAUCACAAGUUUGAUCCCUGUUGAUGCUACAGCCGUCCAUGGCUGGGAGUCCAAGAGAGCGCAACUUGCCUCGCGUUUACCAAGACGAUGCUAGUCAGCGCAGGUUUAUGUUAGCGGAUGUAAUAGAUCUGGUGGUUGGUGCUGUCCAAUGAUGUUGCAUGAGUGGCAGUUCGAAAAGAGGCAGAGGCACUUCAAAGUUCUCAGAGGAAACCUGUGUUAGCCUUCACCCUCCUAGCAUUGGUAGCACUGUGUAAUUGGAGGAGUCAUAACUAGCGUGUGGAAUUAGAGACAACUAAAUUGGGGAGGGGGGGGAGCAGAUGACGACGCUUACCUUACUUGAAAUGUGAUUAAGCCUGUGGUUCCUUGGCUAGUUUCCUAUACAUUACUUGAAAUGUAACGAUUGUCAGUCACGACAUUGCUAGGUUAGGAUGUACUUAAACUAGCAAACUCUGCUGGAGUGCAUUCAGGACUAUAGUAGGCCACACCAAGUAAGAACAUUUAACCUCAAUUAAUAAGUAGCAUGAUAUGAUUUAAUUAUCCAGACAUGAGGUUUUACUUUCGUACUUUAAUUUUAUUUUUUUUUAUGUACAUAGUGUUUCACAGAAAGUCAGCUUAGGAGGGCAACUGUAUCAACAAUAGUGAUAAAUUACGUUUGAUAUUAAACUAUAUUUGACAUGUGAAACUACGCAAGGUAUUUUGUCUGUUUGAAUCUUCAAUAUCUACAUUUAAGCCAGAGCUCAAAUGCUAAUGCUUAGUGCUAACAAAACAUAGGACUAAAUGAACAAAGCCUACAGUAAAUACUCUGUAAAUACUUUACAGUUCAUAAAAAAGUUGCAUGCAGUUUUGAUGUUAGCAAUUACUAGUAUUUCAUUAUUUUUAACCCAUUUUUAAUGCACUUUGUACAACAAUGAAUGGGGCUUUGGUAAUGUAUGUUUGGUAUUUGCUUAAAGCAGUUUUCUUCUUCUUCUAUUGUAAUCACAGUUUAUGUCUUCUUACACUGUGAUAAUGAUAUUCAACAAUUUUAUGAAACAUGAACUUUAUGAAUGUGUCUGCAUUAACAUUAAACACUGCACACACACACACACACACACACACAUGUAUGUAUGUAUGUAUGUAUGUAUGUAUGUAUGUAUGUAUAUAUAUAUAUAUAUAUAUAUAUAUAUAUAUAUCACUCUAUAUGUAACAUGGCUGUGUCAUUUUUAUGGUUAUAUGUUUAUUUCAUAAAGCUUUGUAAUUUGUCUUUUAAAAAUAAAGUAUCUUUGGAAUCCCUGAAA